AUGGCCGCUACAGCUGAGAAAGGCAGUGGAGAAAGAAGCAACAGUAUUAGUGGUGACAACAACAAAGAUGACGUGGGCGGCGGCAGGGGAGGCCAUGCCAGCGUGUCCCCCACUUUGGAUAAGCUGCUGCGUAACCUGACUUCCUCCUCACCUGUCUUCCUUGUGAGCGGUCUGCGGGCGGGGCGGGAGUUUGUGUUGGUGGUGCGGGCGGCCGGCGACGAGGGAGUGAGUCCGCCUGUCGUGCUCACAGCCUUCACGCUCACCGAUAACGCUCAGACUGUCAUUGGAUUGCCGACUGGCGGAGGACACACCAGCGGUAAUAGCAUAAGCAGUAUUAACACCUUCAGCAGCAGCAGCAGCAGGAGUAAAGACAGCACUGGUGGUGAGGAGGACGUGUGGGCGGCGGCGGGGAGCGAGGGAGGGGUAGAGGCAAUGGCCAGCUGGAUCCUGGGAUUGGUGCCUCCCCUGGUGCUGGUGUUGGGGACUUCCCUCAUCGCCCUCCUCCUCAUAGCCCUCAUCCUUGUCCUGCUGGUGAUGAAGUUCAACGCAAGGUCGAGACAGCAGCGGCAAGAACAUACCAAGCGGAGCGGUGAGGUUACGCCAGAGGACAACACCGCCGCCCCGCAACCAGGAUCGAACCUUGGGGGCGAUGAGACGAGCGAGUCCUUGGCCGAGGGUGGCAGUGUCGGUGAUGGAGAAGGAGGCGUGGCUGAGGUGACAACAACAGUUGCCGGCGACAACAGGGAGGUGGGGGAUGGCAGCGAGACGGGGAUUGAAGGAGAGACGAUGAGUCAGGCCGUUCCAGCCGAGAGACAUCUAUUAUCAGUUGCCCACGAUGGGUCCCUGCAAGGUGCAUGCAAUUCACAGGGAGGAACGGCGGCAUGGUUGUCAGGGAGCACCGCCACGAUGCCAAGACUGGCAGUGCGCUGGGCGGGUGUGGAUCCAUCCACGCGCGGCUUUGUACGCGGCUUACGCUCCAUCGACACCUCUCUGGGCACCUCUACCUCCAGCAUUUGCACGGGAGUCUCCCAGUGUGGUGUGGGAAGUGUCGCCGACAUGGGAAUCCUGAGACACGCGUCUCGCACGGGCAGUCUGAGCGGCAUCAGUGAUCUGGACCGCGGUGGGACAGCGAUGCUUUCAUCUGCACAUCUGAGUGACAUCACUGCCGCCGGCCAGCUCGGUCUGGCUGCUGCUGGCGUCGGCGGCUGCGUGUCUGUUAUCGGCAUUGGAGAUUUCCCUAACGUAGGCGGCAUGAGUGCCAUCAGUAGUGUGGGCAGCAUGGGCGUGAUUGGGGUGCCGGGCAGGACGCUGACUGACACGUCGGGGCUGCACUCCGCCACAACACACCAGCCUCUGCAGGUGAUGCCUGGCGCGGGCGUUGCUGCCCGACCCCACACUCCCCAGCUAACUCCAGGCACUUGGAACACUAGGUUAUGAGGCUUCAAAUAGGCAUGGACACUUCAAUCUCUAACACUGCCAGGGCUGCCAUGCUCUCAUCCUACGCGUCUCUCCUAAAAACGGUUAAGGAUUCCUUUCCCUAUCUGUGUCACGAUAAAUAAACGAGUGAAAAAAAGACAGGUUCUACGCCCUCACGCUGGCAGGAUCGGUCAGGAGGGACGGUGACUGGACGUUUGGCCUAGGAGUGACGGCACCUGCGCGCGUCAGCCUGGUGCAGCAUCUCUGCCGACAAGUCUUUCGUAAAGACUGGCAAUGAUGAACACCACUGUCUUCCCUACCAGUUACUUUCAAAUUGCCUCAUACAUUACCAUGAACUUCGACAUACAUUUUGAUUCAAUAAUAUUAUGUAACGCAUCACAUGAAAACUGUCGAUAUGACGUCUCGUGAGUGACUGAACCAACAGCAAGUCAGUCAUCGUAGAAACUCCAUCACGUUUACGAUUGUUUUGUGAAACUAAUUACUUAGAAUUUUUGUGUUCAGAUUUUUAUCAAAUACUACAACGUUGUGUGGUUUAGCUCUUAGUUGGGAUCCGUUGUGGCUGCCUGGGACUAAAGGUGUCACCGCAGGGACGAGAGGAGGUGGCUGCCAGCGCCCCGAGGGAUCUUUCGCUGCCAGCACUGUCGACACCCACCUGGAGAUAUCACUUUACAGCGGCCUUUACUCAAAUGGUAAAUUGUGUUUUCUGUAAGUGUAUGUUAUUGCUAGGCACAGAAGUAUACAUUUUGCAUUUAGACAUUUCUGAGUAAUAUUAGUGGUAAGUAGAGUUUACGAGUAGAACAUGGCUAUGAAGACAUAAAAACCUGCAUACUUCAUCCCUCAUAUUUUGAUACCAUACGAGUAUAGCUAAUAAAUCAAAAGGUAUUUUCAUAAACACUCCUAUACUAUAAUAAUAACAUGUAAACAGUAAGUUCGGGCAUCUGCGCCGAAUGUCAUUCUGUACACAUUGUUUCUGUUGGUGUUCUUUCGUAGCACUUGUAAUAUGUAUGGAGACUAUCACGAUAUAUUAUAAUUUGAACAUGCAACAGACUAAAUAAAAAAAGACAAAAC